AUGGAUUCCUCUAAGGACUUCAAGUCCGCCCAGGACAAGAUCCAGUCCGCUCUCGUAGCCACUACUAGACUAUGUAACCAGGUAGCUGCGGAGGAUCUCGAGUUCCAGCGAACAAGCAACCCCGAUGUUGAAGAUCUGCUCGAGGAUGCAUCUAUCCGCCUUCUCACGCUAGCCUCCUCUCUCCUUACCUCGGCGGCAAAAAACACCGAUCUAAAACCCCCGAAGCUCGACGACAAAGAUGAUAUCGAUGUACACUGGUCGCGAAUCGUAGAUGUGGUGGACACUUUGCUCGAAAAAGCCGACACCUGCUUGGAUGAGUACACCGGCAUGAUCAAGAGGAAGAUUGCCCCCACUGAGUCUUCGGGGCCGCCGUCCAAGAAACCCAAACCGACCAGCCUCGACCAGGCCCUCCGCCGCGCCAACAUAGUGAAGCCUCAAAAUGCGUUCGAGGUAAAACCGGAUAAUCUAAGCGCAUCGCCCUGGAAGCCCGUCCUCACCAGCAAGCCGCAUGCGGUUGUGUCCCUGGAAGAGAGCCUCCAGGAGUUCGAAGACGAAAAUCAGCACAUCCAGUAUAAGAAUCCCUACGACUUCGAGAUCGGCACCUCGCAAUAUCCCGAGGCCGUUUUCCAAACGAAAGAGCCUAUCAAGUACCUGCCCGUAGAGACAACGACAGCUACGUUUGUCGACACGUUUGAGGGUGUGCUGGAAAUGCUCGAGGACCUGAAGGGGGCUACGGAGAUCGCUAUCGAUACAGAACAUCAUGAUUACAGAACGUACACAGGCUUGUUGUCGCUCAUGCAGAUCAGCACACGCAACAAGGAUUGGAUCGUCGACACGCUGCGGCCGUGGCGCCGCAAGCUAGAAGUGUUGAAUGAGGUUUUCGCCGACCCGAAGAUAGUCAAGGUGCUUCACGGUGCGUUCAUGGAUAUCGUUUGGCUCCAACGGGAUUGCGGCCUCUAUAUCGUCAACCUCUUCGAUACCUUCGAGGCCGCGGUAACCCUCCAGUAUCCUGGUAGGAGCCUUGCGUACCUGCUUAAGCGGUUUGUUGACUUUGACGCGGAUAAGAGGUUCCAACUAGCUGACUGGCGGAUACGUCCUCUACCAGAGGAAAUGUUCUAUUAUGCUCGCUCGGACACCCAUUAUUUGCUUUACAUCUUCGACCAUAUGCGCAACGAAUUGCUGAAACAGGAUUCGGCGAGCAAUAGUCAAAAUUCCAUAAACCAAGUCCUCGAUAGGUCAAGAGAAACUUCUCAGCGGCGGUAUGAGGGCUUUGAUUACGAUGCCGAAGGUGGACAGGGGCCUUUUGGGUGGUACAGCCUACUUAUCCGCCAGUCCGUUGGGAAGUUUUCGAAAGAGCAGUUUGCGGUGUAUCGUGCUAUGCACAAGUGGAGGGACGAGGUAGCCCGCCGCGAAGACGAGAGUCCGCUCUAUGUCAUGAGCAAUUCGACGCUGUUCGAUAUAGUCAGGCGCUUACCACCGGAUGCCAAAGCCCUCCAUAGUCUUCUUGGCACGAUGUCCCAUAUUACCAGGCGUGAGGUAUCGAGCCUGUUCGAUGUCAUAAGCAGGGCCAAAGUAGAAGGAGCGAGCGGGCCGAGCGUGGCCGAAUUCAUUCGACGCAAUACUCAACCCACGAUGGGCAUCGGCGAAGUCGCCAAGGCGGUUUUUCCCCAGCUGCGAAACACCACGGCUGAAAUACUCGAUGUCAAGGAUCUUGUCUCCCAGACAUCGAAGCUAUGGGGCGAGAUUCCGAUGAGUAGUCGAUGGGAAGCGCCGUCGGCCAUCGAAAAUCCGGAGCCUACGCGAUUCGAACUGCCUUGGGCACAGUUUGUGAAGUCGGUUAAGCUCUUGGAGGACCCAGGUCCGCAACCACAGCCGGCGGAGCAAUCGUUAGUACCGGUUGAGGGUGCUAAGCAACAGCCAGAACAGAAACAGAGCGGUGAUGGAGAAUUCGUCGAUGGCGAAUUCACCCUAAGAACCGGCUUAAAGCGGAAAGCGUCCACAGGCGGCUCCGACUUAGAGCCGCGAGGAGCAGACGAGGCUUCGACGCCUCAACAACCCCCUUCCGACGAUUCGCCGAACGCGGAAGAAAUCGUAGUUCCCGACGUGAUCGACAGUGAGGAGGAGAGAGAAUUAGAGAAGAAAGCGAAGAGGGCUGAGAAGAAGGCUCGUAAACAGGCGCGCAAGGAGCUCGACCAGGCCAGGGAAUUGGCGAAUAGCAACACAAGUGCGGGUGCUACGGAGGAAUCCGUUAACGAAGAGGAGCCUUUUGACUACAGCAAGGCUAAAUCCGUCCUCAACGUCCCGCCACACCCCAACGGAGCACCCCAGACGGCGAAGUUCAAUCCCUACGGCAUGACCGUCGAGGGCCCGAAGCCGGCGAGGAAAAUGCACGGGGAGAAGGCCGGCAAGAGCGCCACGUUUAGGGAAUGA